AUAAUUCUUCAAUGGGCUUGGUUUGAUUAUUUGCAAUUCCUAAUUGUUCCAUCUCUUUGUAAUAUAUGUUAUUGGUAAAACUGCACCAUAUUGAUUUUUUUUAAGAACUUUUUACAAGUGAUUAAAUUAUUUAACAAAAAAAAUCUAGGCAAUUUGAACAUGAUUUCAGAAUUUUUUUUUUUUAGAAGUGCUAUAAUUUUUUUUUUAAAAGUUAUAAGUUUUUUUAAAAAUAAAAUAUUACAAAACCCGGAUUGAAUCCAGUUAUAACCCGGAUCCGGUUUUUAUCACAAAAAAAGAAAUAAACAAUCCGGAUAUCCGGUAAUCCGCCCGGAUGGAAUCCGGAUUCAAUUCGGGCGGAUAACUGCCCCUUUUUUGAAAUAUGGAUCCGGAUCCGGUUAUGGCCGGAUAUCCGGAUCCAGAUCCGGAUGAACACUCCUAAGUCUAACCAUUCUUUUCAAAAGGAGUGGGCAAACCUUAAUUAUCCUAAAGCUGAAAAUAUUCUUUUUUUCGCAUAAAAUAUUUGUAUAGGUAACAUAUAGGUAAGAGUAACUGAGGCUUUGUUUGUUUUUACAAAUCAUCUCAUCUAAUUAUUAUAAUUUUUUUAAACUUUCAAAUAAAAUAAAAAAAUCAAUUCAAUUUUUUAAAAUUUUAAAUAAAAAUUAUAUUUUAAUAAUAUUUUAUUCAACUUUAAUUUCAUUUUAUAUAUGUACAGUGUAACCAAACCAUGCAAGAGAGAAUAAAAUAAUAUAUGGCAAUGACGUCGUUUUUGUGGGAGUGUGUGUCUCUUUAACCGUUGAGUAAUCUACGCCCGAGACCGCAUAUUCAGAAAACUCAAAACCCUAGCUAACCCCCAAUCUAAACCCUCUCUCUCUCUCUCUCUCUCUCUCUCUCUCUCUCUCUCUCUCUCUCUCUCUCUCGACACAGCCUUUUCUCUGCAGAUUUCUCCCUAAAAAAUUCUGCUACUUUCUUGGAGAUACUUGAGCAGACCAAAGUUACCAAAGUCUCUUACCCGCCAACUGAAUCAAGCUUAGCUCCAAUUACUGAACUAUGAACCAAAAAAGAAUGUCAACUGAACAGAGAGGAGAAGAAGAUCAGCAAGCCACAGGUGCCCCAGUUCAAGCUUGGAGCUCAAUGAUGGAACAGUACCGAAGGAUCAAAGAAAAUGCAGAAACUUACCCUUAUGUUUGGGCUUCAUAUAUUCUUGUAUACGGUGGUUUUGGCCUAUGGUUUACCUACAGAUGGAGGAAGCUUCGCAGGACUGAAGAUAGGGUACGGGUACUACAAGAAAGACUGCGCAAGCUCGUUGAAACUGAGGAGUCUACAAAAUCUGCUGCAUCAGUUGAAAAGGCUCCACCACCAUCUGCCAAUAAGCCCCCGAGAUAGUUGGGUUUGCUGCUAAUUUAUUUUAGCCUCUUCUGCACAUUCACUAGUCUCAAGUAUGGAAACAGAUUGCUUUUGCUUCCUCAAAUUAAAUUUGAGAAUUGAAGAAAUCAUAAUGAUGAUGAUGUAUUCAAGAACUUGUUAGAAAUUAAGAAGAGAAUUCCCUCUUUCUUACUUUGGUCAA